GUUCACACGAUGUUGAGUUAUGCUUGAAGCGCACCGCAUCGCACCGUACCCUCCGCAACGUAGACAAUGACCUUCGAUAGAAUACCAGAGACAGAGAAAAAGAAAGUGAUUGUGCGUAAAAGAAGCGAGAAAUGGAGACGAAAGAAAACCGAUCAACACUGAGAAGGAUACAGAAAGAGGUUUGGUAGGAGCGACUGUAUCUGGUUUAAUUACCGACAUCUAAAAGACAUGAAGAGUAAAUUCCAGAAUUUUUAAGAGAACCAGACCAAACCACCCAGUAUUAUAAAACUUCAAAUGUGUAGAAAAAUGAAGACACCAGGAGAGUAACUCGGUGGCAAUUUUCUUCUGAGAAACUGGAAAAAUACUGCUCACUCCCUCAUCUGUCUUGUCUACACUUUGAACAAAGCCUGGAUACUUUUAUCUUGUCCCCCAUCUCUUACAGGGUGGAGAUUUAAAAUCAACUCUCUUUCUAUAAUUCACACAAAAGCAGGUGUAGCAGAUCUUACUCAGCUAUCCAGCAAAAAAUCUUUUCAUCGGCAUCAUUUCUUCAACAGCGAUGACAUAAGAGUACAAAGAUUUUACAGUCCUGCUUUUUGGAAACAGUGAGGGGAGAAGAGCAGGAGAUUUGCUGUCCUAUCAUCUCCUCCAUUAGUUUCUGCUGGAGUGCAAUGCUCCUCUCUGUCCCUCAUCAUGUCGGGCGACUGGGAAGAUGAGAUCUGUAAGAGUGCACUAACACUUGUCCAGGAGCUCUGCUUCAACUCAGGCCUACGUGCCUAUGAGGCCAAUGAAAGGUGCCAAGAUUUCAGCUAUCUGCUACGGGACAGGGGGCGAACAAGGCAUACAGACACAGAUAUCUCAGUGAGCCUUCUCUCAGUAAUUGUCACUUUUUGUGGAAUAGUUCUCCUUGGAGUUUCACUCUUUGUCUCCUGGAAGUUAUGCUGGAUUCCAUGGCGCGACAAGGAAGGUUCAGGCUCCAGCACUGGGGUUGGACUUCUAGGUGGGGGACCAGGUGGUGUAACUGGACCCCUUCCCCAGUUGCUGCAGCGAAAAGAUCAGCAUUCUUCAUCUUCUCUUUAUCACUCCCCACAUCCUCCUCACCCUCACUUCUCUGAGAUUCUUGUAGUGGAAAGAGUUGAACUGGGAGGUCAGUCUGAGAUGCCAGAACACUCCUACUUAGACAUGGAUUCCUACCCUCCUGGGCACCAAACCACCACAGCAUCUUCAGGGGUAGUUGGAGGAGUCAGUGGAAUGGGGGGGCCCCUCAAGAUGAGCCAGACCUCCCCUGAGCUUCCUCCUUCUUCUGAGUCGCUUGUUUCUGCCUCCCAGAACAGAGACUUACCCAAUGCACAUUCCCAGCACCAGGUGGCUGUACGUUCUUCACCUCGAUCAGUAACACACCAGUUGUCAAGCCCAGAUUUUCACAUCGAAGACAGAACAGACCAGGCCACCUGCAUUGGUCAAAUAAAGCCAGAGCUUUACAAGAUGAGAUCUGACCAGGGUGAUGGCAAAAAAGUAGAAACUGGCAACUGUGGCAAAAUCAGUUUCCUGCUUCGUUAUGCAUACAACACAGAACAGCUGGUUGUUAAAAUCCUUAAAGCACUUGACCUCCCUGCAAAAGAUGCCAAUGGAUUCUCUGAUCCAUAUGUCAAAAUUUAUCUACUACCUGAUCGCAAGAAAAAAUUUCAGACUAAGGUCCACAGAAAGACCCUGAAUCCUGUUUUUAAUGAGACUUUCCAUUUUGGAGUCCCCUUUGCUGAACUGCAGAAUCGCAAGUUACACUUCUCAGUAUAUGACUUUGACCGUUUUUCUCGGCAUGACCUGAUUGGCCAAGUAGUUGUGGAUAAUCUAUUGGAGUUCAGUGAGAAUCCUGAUGACAAGCCAGUUUGGCGAGACAUAGUGGAGGCAACAGCGGAAAAGGCUGACCUGGGAGAGGUCAAUUUUUCACUGUGCUACCUCCCUACAGCUGGUCGUUUAACUGUCACCAUCAUCAAGGCCACCAAUCUUAAAGCCAUGGACCUUACUGGUUUCUCAGAUCCUUAUGUGAAAGCAUCCCUAAUCUGUGAUGGUCGCAGACUAAAGAAAAGGAAAACAUCCAUCAAGAAGAAUACAUUGAACCCAGUAUAUAAUGAGGCAUUAGUGUUUGACAUUCCAAAUGAAAAUAUUGACCAUGUCAGCCUAGUGAUUGCAGUAAUGGAUUACGACUGCAUUGGUCAUAAUGAAGUAAUUGGAAUGUGUCGUGUUGGACAUGAUGCAGACAGCCCUGGGAGAGAUCAUUGGGCUGGAAUGUUGGCCAAUCCCAGGAAGCCCAUAGAGCACUGGCACCAACUUGUAGAGGAGAAAACUAUGAACAGCUACGUGACAAAAAGUAGCACUACCCAAAAACCUCACAUCAUUGUGGAAAGUCCGCACUCAGAGUAAAACAGAUGAGGAACUGGUCAACACUCUUUUUCCAGUUUUCUUUUUAAUAAAAUUCCACUAAUUCCUGUGUUCUGGACAUUUUCUUGGAAGCUGAGACCUGCAGCCAAAUCUAAGAAGAGGAGAGAACAUUAUUUAAUGCAGACUUAAUUCAGCAGGAUAAACAGUAUACUUUCUCAUCUGUCUGUGGAACACAGAAGUGACUAUCACUUCUUCUUUUUCUUCCUUUUCUCAAAUUUUGAUUUGAGACUGCAUUAUGGACCUCUAGACAUACCUUCCUUUGUUACAAAGAAGGGACACAUAGGAGCAAAUAGAUUUAGCAUCCAACUACUAUGCUAUUUUCUGACAUGCUCUUUGUCGAAUUUUUGCUUUGAAUGUUUACUCAAAGAAUGGACGACAAUGAAAUGGCAAAUGUCAAGGAGGGAUAAGGAACAAUGACACAAAAUAGAAGGGAAAAGAAGAUGUACUGCAGCACUUUUUCUCUUCUUCCUUUUGGGUCUCUUAUCCUUUUCUUUUUGGUUAUAUUCUAAGGUAUCAUUAUUGAAAGAGGAAAUGAAGAAUAAAUAAUACAAAGCAAUAGUUUAAGAUGAGACUAACCAGUGGUUAUUGUAAACUGGUUGGUGAAAUCCUGCUGAAAAUAAUUGAAGGGUUGCAGGUAGAUGAAACUGAACAGCAGCUUAGCAACUGAGGGAGGACCGGGGCCAGGCAAGAGAACAUAACAUUGUUGAUUCCCAUGUGUCUAUUUUGUCUGUUUUUAAAUGUGUGAAAUUUUUUUGUCUGAAAUGUUUGUCAAAUUGUCUCUCCCUUGUUGUCCCUUUUUGAAGGCUUCAAUAAAGUGUGGGUGUGUGGAGGAGGAAGGGAGGGAGCACCUCUUUCUGCAACCCCUUGUCUUGCAGGUGAACCCAGGCAACAUCUUAAGACACCCAUGGACUAAUAGUAAUUACCUCACUCUAUAAUUUCACUUAUAAGUACCCUAUUUUUAGGUAUUAAAAAAAAUCAACUGACUUCAACAAGUGUAGUGUAAUGGUGAAAAUAUGAGGGACUGAACCCUCUUUUGCACUCUAUGGAAGAUGUAAAGAGACGUUGUUUUUUGUUGAAAUUAAAGUGUGUCCAGUAUAAGACAAGCAAAGCUAUUAUGGGGCACCCGGUAAGCAACCAAGCAGGGUUUUGACUUCUUAGUGCUUCUCAACAGCCAGCUAACAAACCUGCUCAUGUGCAGUGUGCUUUCGGUGCAUAAAUGUCAUAACAUUGCCUUUGGCUUGUCUGUCCUUGGUGUUUCUUGUGAUGCUGUCUCUCUCUCUCAUUCACCUUUUUACACCUUGUUUUUCAUCAUUCAGGCUGACAUCAAGGCUUUUUGUCUCACUAGCUCACUAGGGACUUGUUUUUUUGAGGGGGGGGGGGGGGGUAUUAAUCCUCUCAUAACUUCAGUUACCUGAAUUCUUGAAUGUUCUGGGCAGAUUUGUUAAAAGUGGUCUGCAAAAAUCCAGUCUUCCCAAUUUGUAGACUUGACCAACACAAAGAAUACUUUUUUUAAGAUCAUGAGGCUGUGACAGUGGUCUCACAAACACUGAACUUAGUUAGCAUCGGAGCUCUGGAAUGAACCGUACCUGCAAGAAGACAACUUAUAGCAAUCACUUUUUUUUUACUUUGUCUCUUUUCAUAUUUUUAACAAAGGAUAGGGGAAUUUUUUUGGAACUCUCUUACCUACACAUACCAAUUUAAGCUGGUGAUUGGUCAUGCUAAAGAAAGCUUAUACACCCAAUAGAUUGAUCUAUAGAAUAACUACCAAUCUGACAAUCCCUCCAGAUGCAAUGGCCGUAAAACUGUGAGUUGUUUUUGUACUGAUUGACAAUGCUUUGGCCUUCGCAGUGGAGUUUGGCAGCUUGUUUUCCUCUACAUUGAUCCAGAAAUGAGUGUCCCUCAAGUCUUGAUUCAACCGUUCAAGAGGAAAAGGCAACACGGUGCUGCAGACUUGAGAACACACACACGAUUGAGAUGUCUGUUGUGUUGCAUGUGAUUAUCUGGCAUGACAGUGAAAUUAACACAAGGAUGUUUUCUCACUUUUACAACAUUCGCAAAGUAAAAAAAGGGGGAAAAAUUUGUAUAAAUUCCAAUAAAACAUUCUGUCUGCUGUG